CUGCACAGGUUUUGAUAAAUCUCCCCCUUGCAUACAAAUACUGAAUAAAUGUGCAUCAUUUUUCAUGAUACAAUCAAUAAACCUCAGCGAAGUCUGGUUGGUUAAUCUAAUUGUGCUGAUUAUAGUAGUUUUUUGCUAAGAAAUUUAUAUUUUAUAUUCCUGUUUGUUAAAGCUUGUAGUACAGGAGUAAUUCUGCAAACUAAGGAAAAUGCUUUCUGGAAUACUGAUUCAGUAAAAGGCAACGUUUGCUAGAUACAGCUGCCAAUGAGCAAACUCCAUUUGAGAAAACAAAGUUCACUUUAGUUAAGAGAUAACAUACAUUGCAAAGAAAACUAAAGACGUGAAGUUAAAUUUUAUGAACUUGGACUGGCAAGGCUGUGUGCAUUGAACAGAUUCAAAGCAUUUAUCAUACCAAAAAGACAAAUCCACAAAAUCUACUUGACUCCACUCUUAUGUAAUGUGUUUUUAAAUACGGUCACAUAUAAACCUACAAAAAGAAUACACUACCAUGAACUCUGCAGAAUUCAGGAAGAGAGGAAGGGAUAUGGUGGACUACAUUGCAAAUUACCUAGAGCAGAUUGAAUCAAGACAAGUUUUUCCUGAUGUUGAACCUGGAUACUUGAGACCCAUGAUCCCAGAUUCAGCUCCAGAAGAAGGAGAGACAUAUGAAGAUAUAAUGAAAGAUGUUGAGAGAGUUAUCAUGCCUGGGGUUACUCACUGGCACAGCCCAUACUUUUUUGCUUAUUUUCCAGCUGGGAGUUCAUACCCAGCAAUGCUUGCUGAUAUGUUGUGUGGGGCAAUAGGAUGCGUUGGCUUCUCUUGGGCUUCAAGUCCAGCAUGCACAGAGUUGGAAACGGUAAUGCUGGAUUGGCUGGGGAAGAUGAUUGGUUUACCUGAACAGUUUUUAGCUGGCAGUAAAGGUGAAGGCGGAGGAGUUAUUCAGGGAACUGCAAGUGAAGCAACAUUAAUGGCUCUGCUAGCAUCCAGGACCAAAGUUACAAGGCGACUCCAGGCUGAAAACCCUGAUUUAAGUGAAGCAGAAAUUGUUAGUCGUAUGGUAGCUUAUUCUUCAGAUCAGGCUCACUCAUCUGUAGAAAGAGCUGGACUGAUCAGUGGGGUGAGAAUGAAGAAGAUUCCGUCAGAUGAGAACUUUGCCAUUCGUGGACAGGCUCUCAAGAAGGCUUUAGAGGAAGACAGAGCAGAAGGCCUCAUCCCAGUAUUUGCAUGUGCCACCUUGGGAACAACAUCAUCAUGUUCUUUUGACAACUUAAUGGAACUGGGGCCUAUUUGUAACAAAGAAAAUAUGUGGCUGCAUGUUGAUGCUGCAUAUGCAGGAAGUGCCUUUAUUUGUCCAGAAUUCAGAUAUCUUAUGAAAGGUGUGGAGUUUGCAGACUCUUUUAACUUUAAUCCUCAUAAGUGGCUUCUGGUCAACUUUGACUGUUCUGCAUUUUGGGUAAAAAAAAGAUUGGAUUUAAUUGGUGCCUUCAAAAUUGAUCCUGUUUACCUUCAAUAUGAGCAACAAGAAUCAGGACUAGUGACAGACUAUAGGCACUGGCAGAUCCCACUAGGAAGAAGGUUUCGCUCUCUAAAACUGUGGUUUGUUUUAAGAAUGUAUGGUGUAAAAGGACUUCAGGAUUACAUACGAAAGCAUAUACGAUUAGCAAAGGAAUUUCUGGAAUUAGUUCAAAAGGAUGACCGUUUUGAAAUAUGUGCACCGGUUAUUUUGGGUCUUGUAUGCUUUCGUUUAAAGGGAUCCAACACAUUGAACAAGUCACUUCUCCAAAAGAUAAAUCAUUUAAAGAAGAUACAUUUAGUGCCAUGCUGCUUAGGGGACAAGUUUCUUUUACGAUUUGCUGUGUGUGCUCGAACUGUCGAAUCCAGUCACAUUGUGUUUGCCUGGAAGUAUAUUGAAGAACUGGCCACUGAACUCCUUAUGGCAGAAGAUGGAAAAAAUUAAGAUAUUUUAUGGUCAGAAAUGACUUCAAUGAAUAAGAAACAUAUGUUGAUGUUGCACAUUCUGUGUUUUCCUAAAAGUAUUUAUUUUUUUGCUGACCAUACUGUAAGAACAAUGUUAAAGCAAACAUAUUGAAUAAAUGUGAAGAUGU